AUGUGGAAGUUUUUAGCAGCAGCAUACUGGAUACUUCUUCUUGGAUCUGUAUGUGAUUCUAAUAAGAAAACAAGCAUCUCAAAUCCUGAAGCUAAUAUGAAUAUUAGCCAGAUUAUAUCCUAUUGGGGUUAUCCAAAUGAAGUAUAUGAUGUCGUGACUAAAGAUGGCUAUAUCCUUGGAAUUUACAGGAUUCCUCAUGGAAAAGAAUCCUCUGUUAGAACAGGUCCAAGGCCUGUUGUGUUUCUACAACAUGGCUUAUUUGGAGCUGCUACUAACUGGAUUUGCAACUUGCCAAACGGUAGCUUGGCUUUCCUUCUGGCUGACCGUGGUUAUGAUGUGUGGAUGGGGAAUAGCCGAGGAAAUAUCUGGUCUAAAAAACACUUGAGAUUGUCACCCAAAUCAAGAGAAUACUGGGCAUUCAGUUUUGACGAGAUGGCUAAAUAUGACCUUCCAGACACAAUUGAUUUCAUCAUAGAGAAGACUGGACAGCAGCGACUCUUCUAUGUGGGCCACUCCCAAGGCACCACCUUAGCUUUCAUUGCAUUCUCUGAAAAUCCAGAGCUUGCUAGGAGGAUCAAGAUAUUUUUUGCAUUCGCACCAGUGGCCACAGUGAAGUACACAGAAAAUCCCAUGAGAAAAUAUACCAAUCUUUCCAGGAAAGCUGUCAAGAUUUUGUUUGGUGACAAGAUGUUUCACCCAACUACAAAUUUUGACCAUUUAAUUGCCACUAAGGUCUGCAACAGGAAGUUCUUUCAUCGUAUUUGCAGCAACGUCUUAUUUAGUUUGAGUGGUUAUGAUGCAAAUAACUUAAAUAUGAGUCGCUUGGAUGUUUAUAUGAUGCAAGGCUUGGCAGGAACAUCGGUCCAGAACAUGCUGCACUGGGCCCAGGCAGUUCAGUCCGGUAAACUGCAAGCUUUUGACUGGGGAAGCCCAAAUCAAAACAUGAUACACUUUAACCAGGACACACCUCCCCUAUACAAUGUUACUAAGAUGAAAAUUCCAACAGCAGUGUGGAAUGGCGGACACGACGUUAUGGCUGAUAUCAAGGAUGUGGAGAAUUUACUCCCUAAAAUUUCCAACCUUAUUUUUUACAAACAGAUUCCACACUACAAUCAUGUGGAUUUUUAUCUGGGACAAGAUGCACCUCAGGAAGUUUACCAAGAUCUAUUUCAUUUGAUGGAACAAUAUUUGCAAAAUGAAGUCCAUAACGUGAUGGACAGACUCUAA